AUCGUAUUAAUUUAUUAUUACAUUUUUAUAUUUUUGAAUUUGUAAUAAUGACACAAACGGAAUUUCCACCAUUAAAAAAUGAUUUGAUCUUAAAAGCUGCAAAAGGAGAAUCUAUAGAACAAGUCCCAGUAUGGAUAAUGCGUCAAGCUGGAAGAUAUCUUCCAGAGUUUCAAGAAGUUAGAUCAAAACAUGAUUUCUUUUCUGUUUGUCAAACACCAGCUUUAGCUUGUGAAGUUACUUUACAACCUAUAAAACGAUUUGAUCUGGAUGCUAGCAUUAUCUUUUCUGAUAUCUUAGUUAUUCCACAAGCAAUGGGUUUAACUGUUGAAAUGGUUCCUGGAGUGGGACCAACUUUACCUAAACCUCUGAAGGAUCCAACAGAUUUAGUUAGAUUAGUUAAGCCAAAUGUAAAGAAGGAUUUAAAAUAUGUAGGAGAUGCUAUAACUUUAACAAGACACAAAUUGGAAGGAAAAGUACCACUAAUUGGUUUUACUGGUGCACCAUGGACAUUAAUGAGCUACAUGAUCCAAGGUGGUGGUAGUUCAACAAUGACAAAGGCACGACAAUGGUUAUAUAAAUAUCCAGAAGAUUCUCACAAACUUUUACAAUUAAUUACAAAUGUCAUAAUAGAUUAUCUUGUAAUGCAGGUAAAAGCUGGAGCACAGUUGUUACAAGUAUUUGAAAGUCAUGGUGAUUUUCUUAAUGAUGAAUUAUUUGAAAACUAUUCAUUUAAAUAUUUGAAGGAAAUUAGCGACAAAGUGAGACAAAGAUUAAAAGAAGAAAAUAUCCCUAAAGUACCAAUGAUCGCUUUUCCUAAAGGUGCAACUAUGAAUUCCUUAGAAAUGUUGGCAAAGUCUAAAACUUAUGAAGUAUUGGGUUUAGAUUGGACUGUUGAUCCUAUCGAAGCAAGAAAAAGAUUUGGUUCUGAAAUUACUUUACAAGGAAAUUUGGAUCCAUGUGCUUUAUAUGCUUCUGAGCAAGAAAUAACCGAUCGUGCUCGAGAUAUGGUAAUGAAGUUUGGUAAAUCUCGAUAUAUAGCGAAUUUGGGACAUGGUAUUCUACCAGAUAUACCAAUUACAUCAGUUGCAGCUUUUAUUAAAGGAAUUCAUUCAGUGUAAUUUAUAUUUGUUCAUGUUACAGUACAAACUUUGUAAUAAAUUACUAUUUUUAAC